CAGCAGGGAAGGAGCCAAGGAUCGGGCAGCACAUGACUAAAUGCAGUCUUCAAUUAUAUCGGCAACAGGUGCACCUCAUCAAGCAGGUUGGCACCAGGAGAAUCACCUGAAACGCACACAUACGAUCUGCAGGGGUCGUAACACCCUCCCCCAUAAGUAAGUGUCGGGACCUGAGGCUUGCACUGUUCAUUUGUCUCUUUGUGUGUGUGUGCAAGUAUGUGUGCUGAGCUGGCUGUGGUUGUCUUGGCAACCGCACACGCUCACUGUCGACGUGUAUGUGUGUUUAUGAGAAUCACCUGUCGCUCCGCAUCUACCCUCAUUAAUCUGUGUUCUCACCUGGUGGUCAUUAACUCAGCCUAUUUAUUCUCGGUCACUUUCUCACUUCCCUUGUACGUUCGUUGUAUACAGUUGCCGUACCGUGAGUAGUAGUGUUUAACUAUCCCCUUGUCUUGCCCUUGUUAUUUAGUGUUUUCUUGUCGUGUCGUGUGGAUGUUCGUGUGUUGGAUUCUUUUCAAUGUGGAUUCCUGUUCUGUGCUCUUCGUGUCACUUCCCCCUAUGCCCAGAGGACUGCUUCCGCCACAGCACCACCCGUACCUACCUCGCCAGGAGAACGGUUCCAGGACUACGGUCUUUUCCUCUGCUGUUGGUCGCUGGCUGUCUGGUUCACCAGAGGAGCGGUUCAGUCCACUUCACCCUCGCCGCGGUUGUUGGAGUUGUCCACCAUCUCCCGAUCUCACCGUAGUGGCUGGCAUACACAUCACCUCUUCCGCCGUCCUGCUCACAACGGGCUGACGCUGCCGUACACUGGGUUUUCCCAGUUGGCCUAGCAGUCAGCCAGGACGGUUGGACUCUUUUCAGUGCCUGGACCUUUUGAACUCUCUCAGUGCUCAUUGUGUUGCUUCUGUUAAUAAACCGUGUUACCCCGCAAUUGGAUCUGUGUGUUUCUCUCUCGUGACAAGUAAGGACCUAAAUAACGGAAAAAAAAAAUACAAAAAAAACUUCAUCAUACCCCCGCAGCUCUCUACAACUAGGUCCUUCACAAUCACGACCCUGAGGAAGCAAAUUUUAAAAAACAGAAUAUAAAGAGCAUGGCGAUAAUCAGCAGAAGAAAAAACAAAACAAGACAUUAAGGUAGAGGGGCUCUAGAUAAAGCAUCGGCCAUUAUAUUAUCAUAACCUUUAAUGUUGCGUAUGUCCAAAGCAUAGGACUGCAAGAACAGACACCACCGAGUAAGACGCUGGUUCGGGCUUCUUAAAGAAUGUAAGUACGUAAGCGGGUUAUGAUCAGAAUAAACCAUAAAUGGAACUACUACCCCACCCACAAAAACUUCAAAAUGUUGGAGCGCCCAAAUCAGAGCCAAAGUCUCCUUUUUAAUGACGGAGUAAUUCAGUUGAUAGGAGGAGAGUUUCCUAGAGAAAUAACUAACAGGUUGGUCAAUCCCCUCAUCAUCGGCCUGCAAUAGCACCGCUCCGGCACCCACAUUACUAGCAUCCACACAUAACUUGAAAGGUUUAUCAAACUGUGGAGCUACUAGGACUGGAGCAGAUGUUAGAAGACACUUAAUCUCAUCAAAAGCUCGUUGACAAGCUGAUGUCCACACAAAUGACACUUUAGCCUUAAGCAAAUCCAUUAAUGGAGCCACUACAGUUGAAAAAUUUGCACAAAAGUUACGGUAAUAACCGACUAACCCGAGGAAACGCAUCAGUUCUUUCUUAGUGGUUGGGCAUGGAAAAAAGUCAAUGGCCUCCACUUUGGCACGCACCGGUCGCACACAGCCCUGACCCACCACCUUACCCUACGUAAGGCGGUGCGAGCACGACGUGCUCUGUUUGACAACAUGCCCUCUUACCGGUGCAAGCUCUGCGACGAGCAGGCCGAAGACGUUGCGCUGCAUCUGACCGAACGACACGGCAUGAACAACGAACGGGAGUUAUUCUUGGUGGUCUGUCUGAUCAAAGGACGUAAGUUAGCGCCGGUGAUGCAGUGCCCCGUACCCGGAUGCUCCGUGGGAAAGUCAUCCAGGCUCGAAAGACACCUCGACCGCAUACACCGCGUGGAUAAUCACCAGAGGGCCCGUUUCAUGGAAAUGGCCCAUCGAAAGGCCAUCGUGUACGAGCUGCGUGCGCUCAGGGAGACGUUCCCGGACCCACCGAUGGUGAGUGACAUUGACAUGUGCCAUUGUGUCUUAAUCAACAUGACAGCAGAUGAGGUGAGCAGAGCGGUCACCUCGCCGGACGGAUUCCGGGUGAUUUCGGUCAAGCGCCACAAGACCGCUGCUUUUUUUGGCCGGGCAAAGAUCGCGCUCAGCCCGCAAGAGUACACUUGGCUCACGGAUACUAUCCGCCACAGGUCCGUUGCAUCCGAUUACUGCUUUUGCGCCGCAAAGGGCAACAGGUGCAUGCAGCUUCUCUCACAAUUCAGAACGGCUUGGCGACAUGUGGGAUUGCCCGGACGCCCGGACUUCAUGAUGAUACGCAACAGUCUCGUCACCCACGCCCACACAAGACUGCCCCCGAGGCAGAGGCAAUACUUAGCUCGUGCGAUGUGUCACAACACGCAGACGGCGCUCCAGUACUACGUAACCGAUCAGACUACCAGCCUGGCUCGCAGUUCAAGAUCCCUGGCCUUGAGAGCAGUCAAUGCCUUGAAACGCAAAUAA